AUGUCGACUCUCGCGCGCCCGAUUCCAGUCCGCGUCCGAGCGCGCGCGCGCGCGUCCGCUUCGGACGAAAUCAUCGGACGAUCGUCCCCGCCGCUGUUUCGCUCGCCGUUCGCCCCGGCCGAGCCGUUCUGGACGAAGCGCUGGAAAGAAUCCGUGGAUGAAAGAAUAAAGCACGGGACGUACUGCGAUUACGUCAUCGACGCGCGCGACCGUGCGGAGGUGUUUGGGUACAGACUUGGCGUCGUCGCGUGCGCGGUGGGGCUCGUCGCGAGCGCGGUGGGGAGCGGACGGGGCGCGUCGGGAGACGCGGCGGCGAACGUCGCGUGGUUCGUCGGCGGCGGCGGAUUAGGAUUGAGUCUCUGGUUGAUUCACAUGUACGUCUCGGAGAUUAGAAGUGCGAUGCGGUUGAUGUGGGGGGUCGGGUACGGCGCGAGCGCGCUGAUCGCGGGGACGAGCGGGGAGUCGGCGCCGGCGUACGUGCUCGAGCAUCCGAGCUCGAUGCUCGCCGUGGGUUGGAUGUUCGCCGCGCUCACGGGGUUGGCGUUCAAGGAAGGGAUGUGCUACGGGAAGCCCGAGGCGGGGGCGUUAUUUUUUGGUGUGCCGUUGAUGUGUCUGUCGCAUCUGUUCGGGGCGCCGGAGGAGUUUCAGAGUUUGAGUGCGACGGGCGUCGGUGUCUUGCUCUUAAUUUUCGCGGCUAGGAAGUUUACUCAACCAGUCGCAGACGACGUCGGUGACAAAUCAAUCUUCAUGUUCAACGCGAUCGAGGAUCCGGAGGAGAAAGAGCGCUGGCUUGUAAACGCUCGAGCGUCCGGUCGGACUUACGUGGAUGAAGACGUGUAG